AUGCAGUCUCUUGCCCAGGAAAUAGAGACAUUUUCCAAGACCAAUUUGAGAAAACAAUGCACCCACGUGACAACAUUGAGUGGCAGGGGGAUUACUGAGACAUGGAAAGGGUCAACUAUUCAUGUCGUAGAGGAUAAAACUCAGCCUGAGAAAGCAUGCGGCUAUGUACAGGACAACAGCUGGGACUUACAAGUUAGAGUUAUUAAACCUUAUUUAAUAUUAGGCUCACAAUAUGCUGCACAUGACUUUGGCACUCUGAAAAAAUACAAGGCGUCCCACAUAUUGAAUGUAGCCUAUGGUGUUGAAAACGCCUUUCCAGACCUGUUCAUUUAUAAAACACUGAGCAUUCUGGCUGUGUCUGAUACUGACAUAACAUCCUAUUUCCAAGAGUGCUCAAAAUUCAUAGACCAAGCAAAUAAAGAGAAUGGAGUUGUGUUGGUUCACUGCAAUUCUGGAGUCUCGAGGUCUGCCUCGGUUGUCAUUGGAUACCUGAUGUCCAGGGAAGGGAAGCCUUUUGAUGACGCAUUUGCCUUGGUAAAAUCAGCCUGGCCAGCCACAUGCCCAAACCCAGGCUUUGUCGAACAGUUGAAAGGUUUCAAACCUUAAUGGGGCAUACAAGCCAAUGGUGGGGACUAUGAAUGAGCAACAACAGCAACACCUGCAGCGCCAGAGUAAUGCAUUUCAUCAUCAGCCACUGUUUCUCAUAAAGAGAUCAUUCUGAUAAAGAUCCUUGGCUGUGUCCGAAAUAGCACUCUAUUCCCUAUACAGUAUUGUGCACUGGGGCCCUGGUCAAACGUAAUGCACUAUAUAGGGAAUUGGGUGACAUUAUGGAUCUUAAUAUGGCCCCUAAUCCCCUAAUCCAAGGAACCCAACCAUCAUGUUGAGGUGUUCAUUAGCCGUCAUUUUGAAAUGCCCUACAAUGUCCUGUCAAUUUA